AUGUCUUUGUCAUCGUCAUCGUUAAGCGGGGAAAUUGUCGCAGUGACUGGAGGAAGCGGAUUUCUGGCGCAACAUCUUAUUGCCCAUUUGCAGCACAGUCAAUUAAGGCAAAAUACCACGGAAGUCAGCGGAAUUCCAAUUUUGGAGAUCCGAAUCAUUGACAGAAAACCAUUCAAUAAAUUCCUCGUACAGCUGCUUCAACCUAACGAUUCGACCAUUCCGCAUUUUUGGCAACUAAUGAUAAAAACUUCUAGUCGCACUGACCUUGUAGUGCGUGGUGCCGCUUAUCUUUUGCUCGUCCAGCAGUGCCUGCUAAGCCUAAUCAUGUUCGGAACCUGCUCAACAAUUCUAAAAAGUUGA